AUGGGUGCACUCAUCAAAGAUUCAGCGCGGCACCUGAUCAUGUCGGACAAUAGUACUUCUCAAGUAACCCCAUCGGGAUUUCAAGGUCUUGUUCCCCCGAGCAGAGCGAACGAUUCUGCACCCGCCCGAAGCCUCAAAGCCAACGCCGGACGCGCCUUCGGAUCCCCCUAUCGACAUGGCAGCCGGCUCCUCAUAAUCGCGGCGGAGCUUGCGGUGCUCCUGCUCUGGCUCGUGCCGCUGCUCGUCAUAGUCUCGCGGCCCCGGGGCCAGUUCACGGUCCUCGAUAGCGUGCAGAGGGCGGCCCCGGAGAGCGCGGAGGAGGACCGCGCCCGGGUCGCCUUCUUCAUAAUCUUCUACUGCGCGCUGCUCGUCGUGGUGACGAGUUCUGUCCCGUUCGCGCUGACGGCUAUCUACUAUUUUUCGGACGAGAAGAAUGGGAAGGUCGCGGGGAGAUGGCUUGAUAAGGUUGUCGCUGGUAAGACCUCGGAAAAGGCGUGGUAUUAA